AUGGCCAUGUACUCGCGCGCACCUCGCGAUGUGUCCGGGGCGGUGCGGACAACAGCUCCCCAUGUGGGUCCAGGCGUCUACGCAGCCCCGACCCGGGCGCUGCCCGCUCCUCAAGGCGAAGGUUUUGCCCCUUUUGGAUCCUUGCGCACCCGAAACACCAUUUUUGCCGAAAACACCCAUGAGGAACGGCCCUCGCCCAAUGCAUACGUGCCCCGCCUCUCACCACGUCAAGGCGUUUCCUUUGCUAGCCAGACCCCUCGCUUCAAAGGUUAUGAAACAGAUUCGGUGCCUCCCGGCGUGUACGAAACGCGGCGCCCCAUUGGGAAGACGACCAACGCCUCGGCCAUCUCCAUCAAUGGCCGGCCCAAGCACACGCCGCGCAUCAAGUUCACCCGCUCUGACCAAACCGCAAGCAUCCCGCGCAAAGAGGAAGUAUACGGCUAUCACGUUGACAAGUCGGGCUCCCUUCGCCGAACCCGCCCCAAAGUACACGAUGGUACCCAGCUUGGACCCGGUGAUUACACUCCUCAAAACCUCAGCCUCUCCACCAACCGCACCAUGCAUGGCACCAAGUGGUCCAAACAGAGCCAGCGUCGCAGCCUACAGCUUGAUGUGCGUGCUGGGCCCUCGCCUUCAGAAUAUACCGCCCCUCCCGCCAUCGAUGGUACCGCCCGCCAGCCCCAUCCGCACGCCCUGGCCGCUGCCCCCUUUGCCACCUCCGCGUCCCGGCCGGCCAACAACGACCGCGUAAUCGAAAAUGAGCUUCGCCCUGACCCUAGUGCCUAUACGCUACCCGAUGACAUUGCCCUGCGUACCCGCCGCCCUGAAAGCCGUGACCAGCAAUUCUUGACCACAAGUCAGCGAUUCGUCGACCCCAAACCUCAGGCGCCUCCGCCGGGCGUGUACGACCCCGUUGUUCGCUCCCUCGAAGUCCUGGACCGUUCCAAACGCGUCGGCGAGGCCCCGUUCCUGCACACAGCCUCGCGUUUCGAGGAGCGAACCCCCAUGACCCAUGUUCCGCCCCCAAACCAAUACCCCAGCAUGUCGAGUAGCUUUGACAACAACCACACCGGCCCGUAUCACAUGACCCACGCCUUUAAUUCAACCGGGGCCCGUGUCCAGCCGCUGUACAAUCCAUCCGCCCCUGAGGGACCCGCGCCAGGCGCUCACCAUGCCGACAUUGACGGCACCGGCUUCCGGCCCGCUACUGUUCAUGGCAGCAACCAUCACAACAUGGUUCCUUUUGGAGUUUCGUCAGAGCGCUUUGCCGAUAGCGGAGACGGCCUACCAGGCCCCGAAUCGUAUGUACCGCCCUCGGAUCUGGGUCAUCGCAUGUCGCGAGGCUUUGGCCGAGGCAAGCGCACUGACCUGCCCCUGAGUAACAGUGCUGCUAAUCCAGCCCCCAACACGUACACGGCCACAAACACCGGCCGUCGAACAACUGGGGGUGUGAUUCCAACCACCCGCCGAGCCCCCAUGGCCUCACCCUCCCUGGCCCCCGCGCCCGGCACAUAUUCAAUCACAGCUGGCCCGAUCGGCGACCCCAUGAACAAGAAGUCUUACAACGUACACUUUCAGCCGCGACCCACCCAAUCACGCACCUCCACUCGGGCGUCGAGCCGUAACAUGCGGCAAAAUGUCUCUAAAUCCAAUGCUGUCUUGCAAGGCUCUCGUGCCGUUUCCCGCUAGCAGAGGAUUGAGUGCUCGUCUAUUUGUGUUUGCUUUGUUUGCUUGUUUUCUGACGAGCUUGCCUCCUGCCUCAGCCAAGGCCGUUAUGUACAAGAACCUCUGCUGCCUGGUUUGUUGGUUUUUUUUUUUUCUUUUUUCGUAUUUUGUUUUCGCGUGUCCUCCUUGAGGCACGACUCUGCGCGUUUCCUAUCCGUUCUGCUUUGUAUCUGCCCCUUAUGCCUCGCCGAGACUAGUGGAAUGUUGCUUUUGAUCGGCCUUUGUGGCACCGAGUUUGCUGCUCUAUAGUACCGCUGCCAAUUGCCGUGUGCUGUGCUCUGUGUACCCCCCUCUUAAUCGACUGAUCGUCCCU